GACCUACAUUAAUGGGAGGGGGGGCAAAGGCGCUUUUGGAGCGGCCGGUGGAUUUACCAACUGACAUUCACGACAAGACGCGCACCACCUGCGGACGUUCUCGUGAAUGCCCGGCCAAAAGAAUCGGGUCAUGAGGCGAUUUAGUGUUGCUGUUUGUCCUAAGUGUCCAGCCAUUGGAUUAGAAUGGAACUAAUAGCUGAGUUGUAUCCUCCUUUGACUGAGUGUCUUGGGUCACUCGAUACAACCUAUCUUUUAUAAUCGCAAAAUAUGGAUAAGUCAAUGGUCGUCCAGGCUGGAGAGGCUGACUGUCGAUCGUGCUGACCUUUUCAAAAGCAUGUUUUAGCAUCUCGUCAUGAGACUGCUCCAGGGGAAAGUCAUUGCGGUCCGAGAGAAUCAGUCUCCUGAUUUCGCUCUGUUCCCCUGAGGCAGUACUCACUGGUCCCUGGUCAGUCUCUCCCACCUGCACUCGCACAUCCUUACCCAUCCUUACCCAUUUUUAUUCCAAGAGGCAUCCGAGCACAAACAUCCCAAUAAUUUAUUAAACGCUGGCCAAUUCGUUCCCAAAAUUAUCGGAUGCCAGAGGUGAGGUUUAACUGCCACCUCAACAUUAUGCUUUUGUCCCCUGAAUUGAAUAACGACUGGCACUGUAGGAUAUUUCACCAUGUCCCCGUGCACACACUGCACCCUAACCAUGCGGCCUGUAUCCAAUGCCCCGGACGAAAUCAGACUUUGAUGAACGGAGGUUUGGUUACAACCUGAGUCCACCAAAGCCUGAUAGGUACCCCCCUUGAUACUCACAGGUAUUUGGUACCAGCCAGCUUGACCAGGGGCAGCCUGCGGGUCGUCCGGGACCCAGAUCAUUGUCCCUACCUCAAUAACAGGACACCUGUCCAUGAAAUGCUCCGGGUCCCCGCAACGCCAACUGGCCGGCCCAGACCUACCCUCCGCUCUCGUCUUGUUCUGCCAAACUACUACAACACAGAGAUCUAUUAUUAACUGAAUGUCUCCUGAUAUUCAUAGGUAGGAGGGGAAGCCUUAAUAUCGAAAUUCCAAAUUUCUCUUUGAGAAGGAUGGUGUUGGUUGGAAUGACUGGAGCAGGUAAAAGCUCCUCUGGAAACACAAUCCUGGGCAGAGAAACCUUCAGAGUCGCCAAAAGUGCUUCAUCUGUUACUAAAGAGUGUGGGAAAGAGACCGGAGAAGUGGCUAGGAGAGAAAUUACAGUGGUAGAUACACCGGGUAUGUUUGACACAGAUAUUUCAGAGGAGGAGUUUCUGAAGCAGAAGAUCAGUAAGUGUAUAAACAUGACGGCACCUGGACCUCACGCCAUCCUCCUGGUCAUUAAAGUGGGUCCGUUUACUGAAGAGGAAAAGAUGUCAGUAGAGAAGAUCAGAGCCAUAUUUGGAGAAGAAGCAGAUAAACACACGAUCAUCCUCUUCACUCACGGUGAUAAACUGACAGACUGCACUAUUGAGGAACACAUCAGUGAAGCCAGUGAGGAUCUGAAAGAAGUCCUGAGUCGCUGUGGAGGAAGAUAUCACGUCUUCAAUAAUAAAGACAUGGAGGAUCGUAAUCAAGUAGUGGAGCUCCUGGAGAAGGUAGACAACAUGAUCACUGCUAAUGGAGGUGGAUUUUACACCAAUGACUCUUACCAGGAAGUGGAUCUCAUGCUGAAAACUAAAGAAGAGGAACUUGGACAAGAAUAUGAAAAGAAACUACAAGAAAAAGAGAGAGAAUUGGAGUCCAGAUUUGCUAGAGAGAAAAAGAAACUAGAUGAUAUAUUGAAUGAGUACAAGCGUUAUUAUAAAGCAAAGCUCAGAGAGUUCAGACUGGAGGUAGAACAGACUUAUACUCAUGAGAAAAUACUGAUAAAGAUCCUUACCACGUUAAAAGGCCUCAAAUAAUUGUCGAAUUUAAAGUCGGCAUGAAAUCAAAAUUUACUUUUGGCCUAUUUACUUUGUUAGCACAUAUAACUAGUCUUGUGGUAAACAAUUAAUCCGUGCAAGUUAAAUUGUUUGUCUGUGUUCCUUCUGUGAUGAUGUCAGUUUGACGGCUUGGGUUGAAAACACGUAAACCACUCCUCUGCAACCGUUAGCCUGCUAUGAGCGAGAGAUGGAGAGGAGGAGUGCUAAAGUAAAACUCUGCCCUCUAUUCAAUAUUCCGUUUCACAGGGACUUAAAAAAAAAAAAAAAAAGUCAAAUUUUAAAUCACAUUCCUGUUAUAUUGUCAGUCUUAUAUCAUAAGGCUUAUGACGAGUGUACAGUAUUACUUGUAAUUAACCAUUUGUAUUGUAAAUCUCGCUAGUGAGCAGGCUAUACAACAGGUGGUGUUUUUAGUGUUUCAGGCAGGUUUUUGAGCCCAUAAGUCACGGCAAAAUCACGCCAAACUGCCUGAGCGCAAGGAAUUGUGGUAGCUAGAUGUAAACAAAUCAGCAUGGCAGACCGUACAAGGCUUAUGCUCAUUUACAAUAAUUUCUAUCACCAAAGUGCUUAUUUGAGGGAAACGGAGAAGUGAAAAUUGCGCUUGAGGCAAAAUAAGCUGUUAUACCUUUUAUUUUACGUUAUUUGUAUAUUUGGAAAUGUAUUUGGAAUUAAUUUAUUCUUGCACUCAAUGGACUGUAAACUAGCUAACACUAGAAUAGCUGCUGAUAAUGCAUAACAUUUUCAGAUACGUGUACCACUUGCAUAAACACUGCAUCCAUAGAGGCUGCCAUUGUUGUUUUGCGGGCUAUGUGACAUCAGAGGGCAGAACUGGGAGUACAUCGAUCUAGUGCGAGUUCACGGGUGGGAAGUCAGGGGUUUGACUGCCAUUCCAGUGCACUUUGACGGAUAGAAGUUUGGAAAAACACAGGUUACGGGUUGCCUGGAACACAGCAUUAGUGUUUAGAUGGCUAGAAGAUUAUGUCAGUAUGCCACAGAUGGGUGCGGCUAACAGUUCUGGUGCAAACGACCCUGAAACUUCGGAGGAACAGGCCAAACUUCUCGCUUCAUUGAAAAUGGACAUCGCAACACUUUCACGAUCAGAGUUUAAAUUAAUCUUACAAGUGAGUUUGAGGGCAUUAAAUCUGAAGUAAAGGCCAUUAAAACAGAAGUCAGCAGCAUUGACCUGUUACGUGCUGAUCUACAGAGUCCAUGAAGAAAACGGUAGCUGAAAUGGAAGAAGGCCUCAGCGCAUGCUCUGAUGAGAUAACAAGUCUACACAAAUCUGUGUGCAGGAUGGAGUCAGAGAUUGCUAACCUGCAGGAAAAAUGUCUUGACAUGGAGUGACGAAUGAGGAGAUGCAGCGUUCGGAUAAUGAAUAUUGCAGAGACACCAGGCUCAAGUACUCCUGCAUCUGUCUCUAAACUGUUUAAGUUGGAAACUGAGAUCCUAAUUGACAGAUUGCACCAUGAAACUAAGCUCAAACAACCUUGAGUGAUAGAUACUUGCCAAGGCUGUGUACAAGUUCUCCGCUGGGCUAGGGAAAUCGCUCCUCUGCAGUACAACGGAGCCAAGAUAUCAAUAUUCCUGGACUUUCCUCCAGCUGUGGAAAGUGCAAGAGCAGCAUUUAAUGAGGUCAAGAAAUUACUACGAGGAUGAGAUGGCAUUCAUUAUAGUGUCCUUCAUCCAGCCAAACUCCAACAGGUUUGAGAAAGAAUUUAAAGAUGAUUUACAGUGAGUCAAACCUCACUGUUAUUAAGGAUAUUUAACAGAUGUAAUAGGGCCUGGUCAUGUUCUCCUGAUAGUGUAGAUGUAUGUGUUUUUUUUCCAUUAUUAUUAUUAUUAUUGAGUAAAUUUACCAAAGCCAUCAGACUAUGAAGAACCUGUAACAAUAAGCUAGGAUGAAGCUGACACACUGAUUAUUAACAUCGGUUAAGUUUCUCUUUUUGUAAAUUAUCCUGUUAUAAUAAUCCGUUAUUGUUAAAGGGUUAGUUCACCCAAAAAUGAAAAUUAUAUCAUUAAUUACCCACCCUCAUGUCGUUCUACACCUGUAAAACCUUCGUUCAUCUUCGGAACACAAAUUAAGAUACUUUUGCUAAAACAGUCGAAGUGACUGCAGUGCUCCAAACUUAAUUUUAUGAAGCAACAAGAAUACUUUUUGUGCACUAAAAAACAAAACAAAAAUAACUGUCAUUCUCAUACAUUGUUUACGUGUAGUGCUUCCAGGUUCUACGGCAGAUCGCCUACUGUUCACUUGAGGAGCACAGUGCAUGCAUGUGAUGCUGAUGCAAGCGCUAAUGUUUGUGUGUUUAUAAAAGCGAUUGAAAAACCCCAAUUGAACUAAGACCUAAUCCUGGUUUAAGCUAAGCCCUGUCUGAAACAUAUAAGGUGAAGAAAGCCCAAACAGCUCAUCUAUGGAAGCAGAUCAGUCUCAUUAAUGACGCAAGUGUUGACACUAUGGCAGCUGAAAAGGCCAAUCUUUGUGUUCUUUUUGAAGAAUUUUCGGAGCCUGAUGAACUCGGUAUAAAUACAUGUUUAAUACUGCAAAAUACGCUCGAUGUUACAGUCACUGCCCUGCUGUCCAGAAUAACAGAGAACAUCCCAAUCCAGUGAAGGGACUUGUGGAAACUUAUAAUUAUUGUGAUACAACAUUGCCUCGCAUUUCAGCAUUAAAAGACAAACAUUUCAGGUGAAGGAUAAUCCACUUCUUACCUCCGAGACUGUGUUAUGAUCUACAUAACCUUAUUAUUUUUAUUGUGAGUAUUGGCUUAUCAUCAUUGCUGAUCACUGUUGUUGUACUAUGAUAUUGUAAUAUUUACCAUUAUAUAAUCAGAGUAUAGAAAGGUUUAUGAAAGUGUCACUCAAAUACAAUAGCAAAGCAUAGUAUUUUUGUUACAUUCAUACCCAUUGUGCCAGCUGUCUCUUUAAUACCGUGUGGUUUAUAUGCAUGUUGAUGCUGAUUGGGCUGACAUUUUUGACACACCCACCAAACAAGAGAAAAUGUAUCUCAAACCUGUUGCACACCGUUUCCAGGAAACAUGUUGUUCAACUUGAAAACCGUAGCAAAACGUUGUGCACCGUCUUGAGCUUGAACGUGCCCCAGGAUCAGUUGUACUGUUUAGCCAAUCAGAUUUAAGCGUAAUCAACCAAUCAUAAUCACACGAGGGCCUACCUCUGUGUUACGUCAUCAACUUAAGACCACAGUUCAUGUUAUGGCUGAGCACUGAGAGGUAUGAGUUUGAUCAGUUAAUUUCUGUUUACUGAAGUUAAAGAAGUUCAGUUGAAGCUUGUAUUAACUGCUGCUGUUUAGUCCAUGUGUGAAUAUAAACAUUUAUAGUAUUGUAGUAUAUAUAGUAUUGAUGGAUUCUUAUGUUUACUUAAAAAAAAAAAAUAUUCAUGUGCGUACCACACAACGUUACGAUUUAAGAUUCAUAAAACGAGAUGAGAUGUUGAAUUAUGGGUGCAACGGAUCGUAGUUCAGUCAGGACACUUAAGUCAAAAAUUACAAGAGACAAAAUUUAGUCCAUUUUUUAUUGGCAUAUUUUGCUAAAGUUACAAUUUGGUGGUAUGGCUCUGUUCUAAAUUCCCAGUCCUUUUCAUGAGCUCCAUGAAAGCCAAGACUGGGAACAGCAGCAGCUUCUGGGGACAACCUCCCAUUUUUUUAAACUGGGAGAGCAGCAGAAGAUCCCCCUAUUGAGAACAGAGCUGCAUCAAUGACAACAGAAUGACACUGAUUAAGUUAAACACAAGUUUAAGGAGGAGCUGGGGAGGAGGUGGGUUGCAAGCAGCAUGCAGUGGAAGCAGCCAAGCAAGCAGAGACGGAAGCUGCGUUUAAGUAAUGCGCCUUAUUUUAGAGUUGCCAAUGGAGUCCAUAGAAAUCGGAUCAGCUGAUAUGGGUGGGGUUGGAAUUUGCAAAUCAGCUGAUAGCGGAGCAUGACUACGAGGGCUGCCUGAACUACUAAUGCUGACGCUCAAUUUGAUCCGUGAUCUGUACAAAUCAGGCCUCAUGGCGGAUUAACUGCAUUUAGCCAUUAUUAGUGAACGUUUAUUAUUUGCACAUGUUUGUAAGUCUUAGCAAUUUAAAACACUCAAGCAUUUUUAAACAAUUCAAAUGCAAAGAAGAGGCAAAAUUCACAAUCAGGCAUCAUUUUCUGUGCACGCACAAAGCAUGCGUGUUCACAGAGGUGCAUUUGAGAUGGUGCACGAACACAUAAUCAAGCUCUGUUUCGCGACUACUUGAGCUCGAACCGACGCGUGUGCCAUGUCGCAAAAUGGGUUAAGACAUGUUUUUUUUGGCCGUUAAAUAAUGGCACAAAUACCAGUAAACUGACAAGCACUAAUGUUAGUAAAUCACAUUGUGUGAUUGAUUUUAAUACUCCUACAAAUGCAUAUGCAAUAAGGUCAGCCACAAAAACAACUCAGUCCAUACCUUUUCAGCUCUAAUUUUGCACUGUGUGUCUUUAGAAAAUCCUGCCUUUAGAAAAGUGUUUUUAACACCAAAAGAGGGUUUGCGCUGGCACAAGCUGUUUGUAAGGAUGUACUCACACUAGGCACGUUUGCCUUGAACCGAGCCCGAGCGUGAUUGUCCCCCAAACGAACCACGCUCUGGCCCACCUCUUCCAAGCGGGCCAGGGCCGGCUAAACGAACCGUGCCAGGGCAUGGAAUGGAGCACUCACACUUGUCAAACGAACCGGGCUUUGAGGGUCCUAGGCGCUCGGGCAUGGUUCAGAGCGCCUAGUGUGAAUACAUCUUAAGUCUGGCCCAUAAAGUCUUAUUUGUGAAUCUGGACCACAGAACUGGUCAUAAGGGUCAAUUUUUUGAAAUUGAGAUUUAAACUUCAUCUGAAAGCUGAAUAAAUGAGUUUUUCAUUGAUGUAUGGUUUGUUAGGAUAGGACAAUAUUUGGCCUGAAAAUCAAUGUAUUGUUGGCUACUGCUACAAAUAUACCUGUGUGACUGGUUUUGUGAUCAAGGGUCACAACUGAACCUAAACAGUUGAAAAAUCAGAUGUGUCAUGAUCACAAUGGUUCCGUGCAUUUAGUGACAGCAGCCUAAAAAUAACUGCUAUGUCAUGAAUUGUCCAACAACAAAACAGCUUUAACAAUGAUUCAUCUAUAUUUUAUUAAUAUAUUAAUAUAUAUUUCUAUACUUGAAUACUAGGCUACUGUUAGACCCAUUUGUAACUGUUCUAUAGUAUUUUUCUAUGUUUUCAUUUGUGUAGCCUAUUCUUGUUUUUAUUGUGUGUUCAUUUGUCUUUAAUAAUGUAGUUUUUGCUGUGGUAUCAAAGUACUUAAAGUGUUCUUUAAGUAAUAGAUGGGAAGCAAAGUUAAAUUUGUGUGAAAACCAUCCAUUUUUAUGUUAUGUUAUAUUCAUUUAUUUAUUGGCUGAUCCGAACAAUGGUCCAAUCUGUGUCUUGAAAACCGUAAUAUGAUCCGAACUGUGAGUUUUGUGAUCUGAUGCACCACUAUGUUGUUUAUAAACAGAUGAUUUACUGGUGUGUGAUAGAUAUUGUCAUUGUUUUGUUAAUAUGAUAUCAAUGAGGAAAAAAUUAUUUGUGUUGUUUUUCCUGCUUAAAAUUGGACACUUU